UUUGUACUUUACGAGCUUUACGAGCCUAUUUUUUUUAUUUACAUUCACAUCAGAAGUAGAGUGAGUCAGUCACAGAGUGCAUCGUAAAAUUUAAUUGAAAAUUUGGAUACAUUUCAAAGCAAAAUAUUCUAGUUUUCGAUUAUUUCACCAACAGCGAAGCUGGUUUUUGUUGCGAAAUUUGGAGUCAGAGACACGCUUAUACUUUAGGCGAAAAUGGAAGGAGGUUUGUUUAGCUCCGCGAAAGAUGCAAAUUUGCACUCUGCGAGAGAAUCAUCGAAUGAAACUGCAGAAACGCGAUCCUUUUCCGGAAGCACCAGCAGCGCCUUCGAGGAGGAAGAUGACGGAUACUGUGAAAAUUCACCUUGGGUUUUCAUUCCGGACCCAGUGUUUGCAAAAAUUUUCCUAUUGCUCGAACCCAUCGACGUACUCAAAGCUGGCCAGACUUGCAAACGCUGGAACAAACUUUCCCGGGAUGAUUAUAUCUGGCGGAUGUACUUCCAAAGGGAUUUCAACGUGGAAAAAAGCAUCCUUAAAAAACCAGGGGCAGAGUCGUGGCGCUCCGAGUACAAAAGGCUUACGGAUAAUGUCCCUAUGGUGAUGACCGAUGUGCUGACCAAUCACUCCCAUCAGGUGUUGCACGUUAGCUUCUCGCAUAAUGGAAAAAUGUUCGCUACCUGUUCCAAAGAUGGUUUUGUCAUUGUUUGGAACUCAGCUUAUCCAUCAACGAUUCGCGAUUCUUACGAUAUGCGUAAGCUAAGUUGGAAAUACACCCAAUUCUCGCAGUUCAAUCAAAGCGACACCUUGCUCUUGGUGUCAGGGGUGCAUUUUGGUUCACCGCACAGCACUUCCGGAGAGAUUGCCGUUUUCACCGUACAGAAUGGAUUUCGCCUGAAGUGCCGCGUGACAAAUCGGCCAUACGAUAUCUUUGGAACCUGGUUCAGUGAUCAGCACUUGCUUUCGGGCGAUUUGAACUGGCUGGCUCAUUUGGUGAGCACGUCCAUUCUUUGGUUGAACAAAGCGAGCCAGGAGGUAGAUUCCGAACACACGCCGAUUCGCAAUCAGAUGUACAAAUUUUACAAUCGAAAUGCAAGUUCCAUAAGGGCUAUAACGGUGGCCAACUGUCCUUGGUUGAACGAUGAGGCCUCCGGUACGAACGAUGAAAAUUCCGGAGAAGGUACCAGCUCUGCUGCAUCAGCCGAUGAACGGAGCAACAUUGAUGAUGGAGAAGAUGAUCGUCGAAUAGGAAAUCCUUUGUCUCACUAUCAAUGGAAUCAGGAUCAAGUCAUGGAUGAAGUAUUCCAGGCGGGGAGAGUAUUUAUUCCAGACGUCGAUCUUGACUUUCCUUAUGUACCUUUGGAGAAUCACGAUUAUGCAAGUCCUAUUCACUAUUUGGACGAGUUCCGCCGAGAAUACGAGGACAGUUUUUAUGAAUCUUCCGAUGAUUGUUUAGACGAUGAUGAUGACCAAGAAGAUGAUGACAUGUCGGAAACUGAUGAUUUGGACAAUCUGUGUCCAAAGUAUUUAAUAUUUUCAACAGGUUCCAAAACGUACACGCCACAUCAGAUUGGCUUCAAAAGGAUCGAAAACAUCAACUUCCCCAGACGAUUGGAUCCGGGACCGACUCUGAAGGAACGCAUAGCAUUGCGGGAAAGGCAGCGUGAAAUGGAGGUAAUUAGGCUCGAGAUGUCUCAAGAAGAAAUGCGCCUCCAAUAUAUAUUGCAGAAUGAAACUCCGCCGGUGGAACCCAACUGGGCCAACUAUGAUUCGGUUGCGGACAGGUUCGAUAGGGUCGACAAGCUGAUUGAUUUGCACGGUCAUAUCAUAGGGAUGGGCCUGAGUCCAGAUCAUCGGUAUCUCUACGUCAACAGCCGCCCGUGGCCCAAAAACUAUGUGAUACGAAACCCGUUGGAACCUCCGCCGAUUGCCCAGGAAAUCGACAUACAUGUGAUUGAUCUGAUGACACUAAAAAAGGUGGGCACCAUGCUCCGAGCACACAAGGCCUACACACCGAAUACGGAAUGUUUCUUCAUAUUUCUAGAUGUCUGUGAUAACUACGUAGCUAGUGGUGCCGAAGAUAUGCACGCUUACCUUUGGGAUCGCUACUACGGAGUAUGUCUGGCCAAAUAUCAGCACGGUGACGUCGUCAAUAGUGUUGCUUUCAAUCCGCGAGACAACGAAAUGCUAGUUACAACCAGUGAUGACUAUGAAAUUAAGAUCUGGCGAUCCUUGUCGCAAGCAAAAAAGUUGGGCAUUCAACCGGUCGGAAAGGCGGUCGAGUUUAGAAAAACUAAACCGAAAGCCAAUUAUCAGUGAAAAUCCGUUCUUCCUUCUUUCUAGAUACAGAGAAGUAAAAAUUUAAA